AUGAAUAGGAAUAGAAAUAAUAAUCCAAAUCCUUUAUUGAAUGUGAGAGAGAGGCUAUUUCAUGCAUUAUUUUUUAAAUUUGCUUUGGCAUAUGCUUUUACGUUUCCUGGGCCUGUAAGAAGAUUUUUUGAGUUCCUUGUACUUGUUAAAGCACUUGUGGCUUUCUUUGUCCUGGCUUAUAUUCACAUAGCAUUUUCAAGAACACCAACAACAUGCUUGAACCAUGUAAAGGAUUCAUGGCCUAGAGAUGGGAUAUUGAGAGUGGAGAUUCUUAGGAAUCCAGACCAGGGUUACACAAUUGAACAGAGCUAUGCCAAAGAGCGGAAGUUGAGAAAAGAUAAAGAGGAUCUUAAUUCAAUGUUGGGAAUGCUAACAACAGAAGGUUUUAUAAACAUAGAAUCAUCAACCAGUGACGAUAUAGAUGACGAUGACUAUAUUCGUGAUGGAACGGAUUAUGGAAACAUAACGCGCAUCCACGAUGAUGCUGAAGGGGAUUCACCAGAUAAAGUGAUAGCGACCACGUAUCUAGAUAGUGGUCGAGAAGGCGGGACGGGUGAAGAUACAGAUCUCAACGCCACUAUAGUGUCCGGCGGAGAUGUAGAACCUUCUUCCUCGAUAUGGGAGGGUAUAAUGGGACUCGUAGAAGAUAUCGAAAAAGAUUCAAAAGUAGUGGAUGAGUCUCUGGAUGAGUCAGCAACCAACGACUCCUCAAAAGAUGAAGACUACAUUCUCGAAUAUUCGUUAGAGUAUGGCUUUCUCCGGUUGUCGCCGAGCGCCCGUCUUCGGCUGAAGAUACCAGUUAAGAUAGUGACACUCGAUCCUCAACGCGAUGCGUGUUUUGGAGAUAAGUUCUCACGGUUUGUGCUAGAAGACUUUUUGGGCUACGACGACCUACUCAUGGCUUCUGUCAAGGUCUUAGCUGAGAAGGAAGAUAAUAAGGGAUUUUUGAGAAAUGUGAUCACGGGAGAACAUUACCGUUUUGUGUCGAUGCUGACAACACGCACCUCUUAUAUUGCGGCAUUCUUCAUUAUGCUCGUCUUCACGGUGUCUAUAUCGAUGUUGCUGCGCUACGCGCACCACCAGAUUUUCGUUUUCAUCGUGGAUUUACUGCAGAUGUUAGAAUUCAACGUAACUGUAUCAUUUCCGGCUGCACCAAUUCUCACUGUCAUUUUGGCACUAGUUGGUAUGGAGGCCAUUAUGUCAGAAUUCUUUAAUGAUACGACGACAGCAUUCUACAUUAUCCUGAUAGUAUGGAUAGCCGAUCAGUACGAUGCAAUUUGCUGCCACACUGCAAUCGCCAAAAGACAUUGGUUAAGAUUUUUCUACUUGUACCACUUCUCGUUUUACGCUUACCACUACCGGUUUAAUGGGCAGUACAGCAGCCUGGCUUUGGUUACGUCCUGGCUGUUCAUACAGCAUUCAAUGUUGUACUUCUUCCAUCAUUACGAGCUUCCGGUGAUAAUACAGCAAGCCCAGCUUCAGCAACUGCUCCUUCGCACACAUCGUGGCAUGGCGGGAAUGAUGGGCCUAGCAGAAAUUGCUGCUUUAGCCAGUGGUGCAGCAUACCAUGAUGCACCUGGUACGGGUACGCAGGCUUCUCCUCCUACUACUCAAUCUACUACACAGACUGUCCAAAACACUGCUCAAUCUACAACACAAACAUCGCCCUCUGUAUCCACUGCGCAGACAAAUACUACUCAUACGGGUGAUGUAGUUUCCGCUGGAACUAUUGAAAGUAAUGCAGUCGAAUCAAACACUUCUGGAGAGAGUCCUGAGUCCGCCUUUACACCACGACCCAAUCAGGAAGUACGAAAUACUGAUAAAGAUUCUUCCGUUGCGUCCAAUAAUGAUGCCGACUUAAAGAUAGAAGAAAUUGCGAGAAGAAACGAUGUUAACAAAGUGACGAAAGUUGACGUUGGUAACUCCGCUACCAAUGAAACUGAUGAAAUAAUCGUUCCAAGUGGAACUAAUGACAAUCAUGUCGAUGUGACUGAUGUCAAAGACGAAACUUCGACUUUAGAUCGCAGACGAAAAGAAGAAACAGAGCUAAACAAUGAAGUGACUCCAUUAGUCUCCAACAAUAUGAAGGAGUCUCCCGAAAGGUUAGCUCCGAGAGCCUCCCCUGAGGCGGACGAUUUAGAUUAA